AUGAGGAGGAGGCGCCCCGCGAAGAGCGCGAAGCUUGCUGUGGACCUGGGCGACGAUCAGGAGCUUGUGGGGGAGGAGGAGGAGGAGGAGGAGGAGGAGGAGGAGGAGGAGGAGGAGGAGGAGGAGGAGGAGGAGGAGGAGGAGGAGGAGGAGGAGGAGGAGGAGGAGAACCCUUUCCUUUCGGACGAUGAGGAUGUGGAGGAGGUGUUCCACAUUGACAGGCCUGUGCACUAG